CGCUCAGCUCGUGGAAUAAUUUCUUGUCGCUCUCAUUCCUCGUUGGAAUAUUGCUCGUGCUGUUAUCUGUUGUGUUUUUGGGCUGUAACUGUACGAAAAACAUGUCCCUUUGAUAAUAAAUGGUUGAAAAAAGCUCAAGGUGUAGACAUGGAAAAAUCGGUUCGUGUUUAACCGUGUAGUAAUAGUGACGAUUGGAUGAAAGGCAGGUGUAAUUUAACGGGUGGAUGGUAGGCUCGUGAAUUAAUAGGAUAUCGAUUUGCCCGCACAAGUGCUGUGCUGGCUGUAACGCACACGACCGAGCAACUAGGCAGCCAUGGACGUCGAUAUUUUUGGGGCACAGUCCGUACGGACAUUGAAAUAUGACCAUUUAACAUCGUCAAAGGCCUGAUAAAAGGCAAUAUGUUGGUAAUCAGGGUCGCGAGUAUAGCGAAGUAGUAUUAAAUAAAGAAUAACGCGAGGGCGAAACUCUCGUACAACGGUGGUUCGUAGCUAGUGUUGUGUUUGUGUGUAUUAAUCGUCCGGUGCAUCGCGUUUCGUUCCUUGUUCCCUCGGUUCCUUGUCCGUGAUAAAGUUCAUCGUACGCGAAUUGCAACGUGAAAUAUAUAUUGCUGAAAGGAUAUUGAAAAACGAAGAAUUUAAUCCAACGCAGUCUUUGUCAAAACCCAUACAAUGGAGCUUGGAAGUAGCAUGAGUUCAGGGGCAGUCGCCUGUCCCGUUUGCACUUUGUAUUUACGUGAAGGUAUAAGCUUGCAAAAGCAUUUGGAUACUCACCCCAAGGAACAGGUAAUCGAAGCUCUGAUCAAGGCGAGCACGUCGCCAGCGCAGCAGCCUCAGUUGAACCUUUCUCAACCGGCACAAAAUCCCAUCCAUUCACCACCGAAUCCUGUGGCUUCUCAGUCGCCGUACCCUGUAGGGCCAGUAUUUGAAUGUCCUCCGGUAGCCCCGAUGAUGUCACCUCAAUUUGCCUCCUUCAGUUAUCAACAGUUUGUUAACAACGGGACAAUGAUGAUACCACAGUACGCAAUGGCGCCGCAAGCCAAUCAGAUGAUGCAAAUGCUCUACAAUCCCUACGGUAUGUAUCAACAGCAACAGAUACCAGCGGUUCAGAUGAUCGCUCCUAUAUCGAAUGUACCAACAACGUCGAGAAGCAGACCUAUGGUCUCUGUGGCUAGUGACAGUGGCGCCAGGAACAUCAUUCCACCUUUAAAUAGUGCCGAACUUGAACCAAAGCAAAUUUUACCCGAAAUUGAAGCAGAACAGGUUUUACCUGAUGUUGAAAUGUCGGUAGGUUCAAUGCCGUUGUCCAGGGAACCAACGGUAAGCACAAAUCAGCGGGAAGGUGAGGAUCAAAGUGAUCGGAAUCAGGCACAACAAGGGCGGCACGAUUCAAUCCCUCCUCAUCAGGAUGGCAGUAGUCGAAUUGAGUAUGGAAAUAUUGUGCAGAAUUCAGCAAUGAGCAAUAGUACAGUCGAGGAUGACGGCGAUAAGGGAGAAAGCGUACUACCUGACAUAGAGGAUACGGAAUCGACCAGUCCUACACAACAAGUUCCCAUACAGCACGAACACACGCAAACUCAGAACAGUGAGGAAUUUACUCAGAACUUUGAAGGGGAUUCUGAAAAGGAACGUAACAGUCGAUUAGCUAUUAUUGAGAUUGAUUUAGAUGCAGAAGAUAAUAAAUUAGAUAAUGAAGAACAGAAUUUGACGGAACAUCGUGAGAACAUGGUCGUUUCAGUUGAAGAAAGUAUGCCUGUUGCGAGAGUCAAGGGAUCGAAUGAACAACCUGAAGUGGAACAAUUGGAGCGUUUGUUGAUAACCAUAAUGGAUACUGAAUUCAACGUUGAUUCGUUAAAGAGUAAAAAUGAGAAGAUUGAGGAUGAGGAAAGAAAUGAAAAAAGCUGUGACCAGGAAGUUAUUGUAGGUGAUAGAGAAACUAGCGUGAUACAAGAAGUAGCGGCAACUUCCAACAUAGGCGGAUCGAGAAGUUGCGUAAAGAUACCGGAGGCUGAUCGGAUUCGAGAAUCCUUUGCUCUUAACAAAGACAAUGAUGACCGUCAUACAUCAGUUCAAACGGAUGUGAUUGAAACUUGUGCUCAAGAGGCUAGUACCCACUUUGCGUAUAGUUACAAAAAUAGCAUAUCUGCUCCUGCUUCGCCGGCUACUCAGAAGAGCUCUUAUCGGCUUAGAACUUAUUCGACCCGUUCGGAAAUGGGAUCGAAUGAAAACCUAAGUUCUUACCCUGUUGGUUUUGAGGCAACAACGCUACUGGAUGAGGAGGACAAUGAAGUGGAUGAAAAACGAGAGUUCAGAGAUAACUUUGAUGAAGAAGACAUGGAGAUUGAUGAAAUUACCAGCCCUCAUACUCCAUUUACAAAACAUAAUGAAAAUGUUGAGUGCGUCAGGUCUCACACACCAUUGUCAACUUUAAGCGGAAUCUCUGGCCUUAGAGUAAGAACCGAUCUCAGCAAACCUUGUUCGCCAGCUUCGACACAUUCCUUUCAACAUCUUGACACAAAUAGCCUUUGUCCAGAAGAUGAUGCUGAAGAGAUGAUAGACCCUGCAACCGAAAAAGAUCCUAUAGAUUGUAUGCAACUUCAGAGGGAAGUGGAACUAAUGGAAAACUUGAAGAAUAUUUCACAGAAAUUGCAGCCAAAUCACGUCUACCAUCAAUCUGUGAUAACUGAAAAUCUCGCCACCUUCGCUAUUGAACAUCACUCUCAGAAAUCCAUGACUAUCCACGAUCGUUACACGGAGAUAAAUCGUAACAAUACUGAUAAUCUUUUAGACUUAUCUGAACCAUCGGAACCAACGACAAGUACAGAUUCGAAAAACUUCCAACCCGACAAGUCUAUUCUUCACAAACCAACUGCAGAAUUGUUGAAUAUCAAUGAAGAUGCACAUCCAGGACCUAUGAACGUACUCGAAUUUGAUGGACUUCAAAUUCUGGUCCCUAGCACAUUUAUUAGUGAAUCUUCCCAAAAAGCGGUCAGUGCAACAAGUCGACAAUCUAUGGUAAGCAGCGAGGGUGGGGUGGAGGCAGAUGAGGAAAUCAAGAGCGUUAACAUGAGGGCGGAUGAAAUCAUGCCUCCAAGGGGAGAAUUAUCGGAACAAGAAAGCAAUGGAUGCCAUGAACCUUCAGCAUGGCAGCAGUUGUACAUGGGUCAGGAAUCGUCACGGAUGUCGACGUCAUACGAUUUAAUGGCACGUGAGAGUUGGGAGGAAUCUGAGGGAUCAGAUAACGAGAUUGGAGGCCCUCUUUUAGACAGUCGUUCAUUGGCAACUCAUUUCACUUCCAGUCUGUUUCUGGACCGUGAUAGAAAAACUCCUACAAAGCGAUCUUUCAAGUGUCCGCAUUGUUCGGAUGUUUUUGACUGUCCGAAAGAACGUAGAGUGCAUACAGGGACUGUACAUAAAGAAGCAGGACCUAGCAGCAGCAGAGAUCCCAUGGAGGAACCUGAAGUUAAAGACAUAAAAUUACUAGACGGACGAAUGAAUGUGUUCGACGAUCUCUUUGUUCCAGGGCUGCAUGUGCAGCAACCUCUUCUUCAUCAGCUUCAACCAGCCCACCAUACUCCGGAUCUGACAAAGUUGGAAGUUGAUAGGAAGAUUGAAAACUUGAUUGUUCCAACAUCUAUUGAAAUCUCUUGUUCGAUUUGUGGGCAAAUGUUUAAUAGCGAAAAAUCAUUGCAAAUACAUCAUAGAAGGGUACAUGUUUCCGAGAGUAAUAAGCGUGUGCGGGAGAGCGCUAAGUGUCAAACAUGCAACGAAGAAUUUCCAUCGGUUGUUUUGUUUAAUACACACUUGAAGAUUCAUCCCUUGGAAUGUGGUCAAUGCGGUAAAUAUUUCUAUAGAAAACAAAACUUCAAACUACAUAUGAAACGACACCUUGGAAUAAAGCCUUUCCCUUGCACUGUCUGUGACAAAGCAUUUCUGACUAAACAAAAGCUGGAUGAACAUACCAACGGUCACACCGGUAACGCUCCUGUCAAGUGUAACUUGUGUAACGAAACUUUCAGACGUUAUUCGAACUUAACUCAACACAAAAACCGGCAUCAUUUAAAUAUAAAAAAAAAACUAAAGGACUAUAUUUGUCACUGUGGUGAAGUGUUUCACACAAAGAAAAAAUUGGCUUGGCAUAAAGAAACGCAUGACGAAAAACCGAAGGCAUGCACUUACUGUAAUGAGAGAUUCAUUCACAUGGCCAGUUUAACGCGACAUAUGCGGAGAGCUCAUAAUCGUAGAUUUGUUCCUGAUGCUCAAAGGGAAAAUGAAAAUGUCGAAUGUCCUAUCUGUAAAUGUAUUUAUUUACGCUCAUCCUUGGCGGUGCACAUGCGAGUUCAUAAUGGAGAAAGACCUUACGAAUGCCAAGUUUGUUCUAAGGCGUUCAGCACAAAAUGGAACCUACAACUGCACAAAUGGACCCAUGCUGCGCGCAGUACAAAACCUUUCAAAUGUAACCAAUGUAGCGCCGCCUUUUAUCGUCACAGCGAUUAUACAGCUCACAUGAACUCUCACCGUAAUGUACGACCUUAUACAUGUAACUACUGUGGAGCACAAUUUAUCCGGAAAUAUAAUUGCCUACGACACGUCAAGGAACAUGAAGAGAACAAAUCGUACACGUGCGAUAUUUGCAACAAAACUUUCCAUCGAUCUUACUACCUUAAAGAACAUUUGCGAGUCCAUUCCGGCGCCAGACCAUACACGUGUCAUAUCUGUGGUAAAUCUAGUAGUACCAAGUCAAAUCAUAAUAAACAUGUGAGAAUUCACCAUGCAAGGGAACCUGUAAAUACCGAAAACUAAAGGACCCAAGGUCCACCUUUGGAACAGCAUUAUGCUGUGUCGAAUGGUCUAAAGUACUGGGUCUAUAUUAUUUAUUUAAAGUUUGGGUCACUAUACGCCUCGUUUCUAGAGAAUUAAUUAUAUUGUUGCACAUUCAAGGCAAGGUGAAUCAAACAUUCGCCAGAAAUUAAGCGCUGAGCUCUCAUCGGAAUUAGAGAUUUAUUUCUUCGAAACUCGGAAUAUUAGAUCAAAUGAUUCUUGAUAUAACAGCAUGCUCAAAUAUGAUCGCCCUGCUUAAAAAAUAUUUAAAACAAGUUUUAUCAAGAAUAUUAUUUGCUUAUUUUACAAUUAUAAUCUAGUAGUAAUCUGUAUUUAUAAAUUUUAACAACUAUUCUCCGCUCCAAGCAUGGAAUUAUCAAAGUUUAUUUUUAAUCAAAUUAUCAGCCACCAAUCAUUUUUACUCUACUCAAUCAAACGUCUGCCAGUCCUAUUGCGUGAUUAAUUUUCAAUUCCACUAGUUUGAGAAAUCUGAAAGCAUACAAUGCACUUUCAAAUAUUCGAAUUUUAAUACCAUGUCUAGUAGAUACUAUUAGUUAUUAUUUUUAGCCAUGAAAUAACCUGGGGUAAAACGAAAUCGGCAGUGUGAUAGAAAAAGAAAUUUAAUCAAAUAUAAUGAAGUGUUAAAUAUUAUUUAUUCAAGGAAUUGACCAAUUUUUGUGAGUUGCUUUAGAGUGGUCACGAAUGGUUCAACUUUGAUAAUGUCAUGCUCUGCAAAAAGAUAUAUCUGCUGUGAUAAUUCCAUACCUUGAAAUGUGGCCCUCUUUGACCGAAAUUGAAAUAUCAAUGUUGAAUCACAUACUUAAAACUUGGCUAUGUAGUAUUAGAGUGUCAGGUAAGGCUCUUUGACACAGGCCACUCUGAGCGACUCACAAACAGAGGUGGAAGAAUAGAGGGAAAUUGAUUGUGAUGGUAAUCUUUUGAGUCACGAUAGAGUGAAAACUCAAAGAUAUGCAUACUAAUAUUUCAUUAAAUGAAUCUGCAUUAUACAGUAAUUUUUCCUGUAUAAUAUAUACUUACUUGUACUAUCCAACCUUUAAUGCAUUAUUCUGUUGUAAAUUUAUUUUUUGUUUUAUUUUAUGUUGAGCAUGAUUGACGUCUCAUGAGAUUUAAUAUGUUACUUUUUAUUUUGAAAAACUUGCACCGCAAGCUAGAAAAAACUAGUAAGCCAGGGCGAAUGACUGUGAUACGCUUCAUACUUUUAUUUCAAUGUGUCUGGUGCACCCAGACGAAAAUUGUUAGUUGAAUUUUAAGAAUAAGGAUAACCUUGAAAAAAUUUUUCAUCGUCCGUAAAAGUUGGUGAAAUGCAUUAUCAGAGAUUUUGGGAUUCUUUAUAUCGCUGUGACAAUUUUCUUUCCUUGCACGAUAGCUUUAUGCCUUGGAAUCGGUAGAUUGGAUAAAAAUGCGUCCCUAGUACUAAAAUCAAUGUUUAUGAAAUUUGAUCAAAUUUGCAAUAAAUUUGAAAAUUGAAUAUGAUACUUAGAUAGGACAGGAUGUUUUGUUACUGCGUUAUGAUCCGACAAUCUAGUUUUGUAGGUCCAGUGACUUAAGACCCUAACUACUUAAAAUAAUAAAUAUUUGUUAACAAAAGUUAACUACCUAUUACCUGUGUCUCAGAGACUCAAGUAGACCUCUGACAAAUAGAGGGCUACACAGUGAAACACGUUUGCCAACUAAUAGUAAUUAAUUAUUACGUAAAUCUAAUUAACCGAAUAAUAUUACAUAAUUAUCAAAACUCUUUGAUGUGUCAAUCGUUGUAAGUGGUUUUUUUACAAGGAACUAUUUUACAUAAAGAGUGCAUAUUGCAAGUUUGCGCGUCGGUGUCCAGUGUACUAAGUGUGAAAGGCCUGUAUUGAGUUGCGUAUGAUCUUACAUAAAGGGUCUAUUAUUUACUAUUAUUAAGAUUGAAUUAAUAUUAACUAUUACAUUUAAUAGUUAUAAAUCUUAGUUGUUAUUCUUCUAUAUUUAUAUAUUUUGCAAUCAUUAAGGUGAUUUUUAUUGGUAGUUUUUUUAAUACCAAGACUGAUCGAUGUUGGUGCUCCAUAUUACUCCUAAAUAUCAGCGGUUCUUCUUCAUUAAAUCGAAAGUUACUUCACCCCACGUAGAUUUCAGUCAGUUGAAAAUCAAAGCAAAUCUAGAUUUUUUUACGAUACUGCUUCGCAUCAGACUAUUGAUUGAAGUCAGUGAUUCGUUCAAUGUCCAAACUAGUAGUUAAGUUUUAUAUUUUAAAGAAUGAAUAACGAGAAAUGGUUUAAGUGCGUCAUUUUGAUCUCUAUUAAAGAUAAGAAUUAAUUUCUCAAGGUGCAUCUGACCUAGAAUGAUUGGCGUUUGCACUAACGAUAACAAGCAAUCUACUACAAAUAGUUGAAAAAUUCACAGGAGUAAUAUGGAGGUAAUUUCCGUACUGCCUGGGUUAUAUGUUGACUGUACUUUUGAAGAUGAGUCUUCUUAGCGUGAUUGGUGUAAUUAAAUUACAUAAAAUAAGCCCCAUGUCAUUACAGAGCUUCAACCAAGCACUUGCAAUAAUUCUUCUCAAUUACUAUGACAAUUGGUCGAGAUUUUUAGUAAACACGUCAAUAAAUAUAUCUGUUCAAAAUAGAAGAGAGAGAAUAUUUUAAUAAAUAUAAUUGGUUGCAUCUCGGUUAUACCUUGGUUUGUAAAUGAUGUCCUGGAUUUUAAUCAAGCUUAUUUUUGAAGGGGUCUGUAUAUCUGCAAUCCCCGUAUUUUAACAAUAAUUAAGACAAGCGUGUAUGUAUAUUUGAUCUUUAUUGUAUAAUUUAUACAUCAUGGCACCAUGGCCAGAGUUUUUACACAACCCACCUAGAGCCAACAUCGUAGUCAUCCAAAUGUGCAAUUGUGUAGCUAAGCAGCAUGCGCGUUAGAUUAGACGCAGUACUGUAUAUAAUGUAAAUAUGUACAUCAAUUAUAUUUUAUAAUAGGGCCAAUCAAUCACCCGGCAAUUGAAUAUUGUAUGAAACUUGAUUCAUGCUAUACGAAGAUACAGAUAGGAUAAUUAUUAUCAUUAAACAAUUAAUAAAUCAACAUGUGUACACCUUAAUAAAAGUUAUGUAUUGAGGUACGUUUCUUUGUAAAUAAGUUUCUUCUAACGUUGAUCUAUUCAUAUAUAGUGUUUGAUCACCAGGUUUUCAUAUCCUGAAAAUAUCAAGGAUGAACAUCAAACUAUUCAAUAAAUUGAAACAUUCUGCAAAUUAUCCCGAAUGACGGUAAAAAUAGUACAAGUAUAUAUAUUUUACAUUUUAUAAACGAUUUCAUUAAGUAUAAUACAUGUUAUUCUUAUAUCUGUUUCAUCUCGGAACAGAUAUUUUUGCAUUUAAAUGCGCUGUCAGAUUCAAAUUUGAACGUAUUUUCCGGCCUCGCCACUAUAGCGCUCAGAUCACAGGCGGCCAUCUUGUGAAAAUUGUGGAACAAUUGCUGGCCCCUCGAUUACCGACAGAAGACAGAAGGGAAUGUGCGUCGAGAAGUCGGGCGCGUCAGAACAUCCGCUCUGUAGUUCGCGUCGGUUCGCAUCGCGAUGCAGUCAUCGUAUACAUUCGGCGCGAUUGUUUUGUAUAUAAUUAUACUGUGCUCAGUGCUAUAAUUCAUUUGUAAAUGUUCUAUUUAUCUAACAACUUGCUCGUGUUAAGCGAAAGUAAAUUAUUUCUCAAUAAAUAAAAGUGUGAUGUAAAGGUGCGUAGUUGACCAGUAAUGAAUCAGUACGACGAAAUAUAAUUUUUCAAGUGCUAAACAUUUGCCGAUCGCAGUUUGUUUUAUGCAGCUUCUUGGAAAAAAAAAACGACACGUUAUUUGCUCUGUAAAGUCUUCGUCGACAUCUUUGUACCUUUUCUAUUAUUAUACUUCGAUAUUUAUGUAUCGGAUUUUAUGUUAACUGUAACAUUAACUUAUUAAUUACGUACUAUAUCCGUAAUCAUCUAACUGCGAUCAGUGAUUAAAGUUCGAUUUGAAAUGAUACGAACCUAUGUUUACCCGGACGCAUUCAUGAAUAUCACGAGUUACUUAUUUCAAUGUUUUGUUGCUUUUGUAUCCGGCUGAUUC